GUCUCCAUAUCGCAACAAGGCUUUUUAAUCGUUGUAUGACGUCAUAACCAUUAUGACGUCAGCAUAGCAGUUUUUGUGAUGACGUCAUCAAUCAACGUUUUGUGUCGGAACAUAUGAUACAAGUUACCGGUAUGGGUUGCAUUUCUCCCAAAAUGGCUGAGAACUUCCCCGAACAGCCGCCUAAGUUCAGUACCCACAUCCCCAAUACUGCCAACCUGUUAAAGAUCACAGCACUUCGCAACAAUCUACUCCUCAAGCAGAAGGAUCUUCUAUCCCAAUCAGGCAUUCAACAAGGGGAGCCAGUUUCCGAAGGAGAGAGUGGCCCCAAAGCGUCGUCUGCUCCAGAGAUCCUUUCGAAGAAAGAAGCAAUCAAUUUCACUUUGCCUCUGUUAUACAGGUACAACUUAAUGAAACGCAAAACCAGAUAUUUCGUCCGCAAUGGGAAGAUCUACGAUUGGCGUAAGAUGCGGUCGUUACCUCUGAUAGAAGCCAUGCGCAAGAAGUGGGCGAAAGAAGGCCGCGGUUCGCCGUCAAAGAUGAUCAUACAGCAGCUCCAUAAUCCACACAACCGGCCAACUAAACGGAAGGGCUGGUAUCUACUGACUGACGAGCAGGUUGAGGAAGUGAUGCCAUCAUGCCACACGGGAAGGCUGCUGCCACUGUCGCCCCGAGAAUACUGGUCUGACGUUAGACGGGACGUGAUGCUCCUGCUGAAGCAGUUUGAGAAGCGAGGGAGUUCUGAGAACCAGCAGCCAAUGCUUGAUCAAAUUUCAAGAUGGAUAUCUCUGUAUAAACUCCGAGAUCCUCAAGACACCUACCACAGAGGUGAUCGUAACAAACUACCCUUUCUCCUUCCUUUCGGAGUAACAGUAGACGAUAUCCACGCCUCGGCGCGGGAAUCGAAGCCGUUUGAUACAAGACUUGAAUGUCCGAUUCUGAGGCGCGGUGAAGUAGUGGGAUACGGAGCUUACAGCCUAGUUCUGGAGGAAGAGGCCGAGGAGAAACCUAAGGAAGAAACUUCUUCUCCUCCCACUAAGAUCAGCGAAGCCUGCAUGAAGAAAAGGAGAGAUAAACUUGCUUCAAGAUUUGCCAAGCAAUACAGAUAUUCUCAGGACAAAAUGGCGCCGUUCCUCUCGUGGGCGACCGUCAUGGCAGAGGGACAUUCCAAAUUUAUUACUCUCUGUAAGAAAUAGAUUGUUACAAUUUAGGUAUUGGUGAUAUAGUAUUCACAAUUUUGCAAAGUUUUCAGCGAAUAAAGCAACGACGAAUGGAAAAUC